UUAAAGAAGUGCAGACGAUGCAAGGUUACUGGAUGUAGAUACACAUUCGGCAAUCAUUCCUGAUACUUAAAGCUUUUUGGUGGUACUCUUUGAAGAUAUCGUGUUCGAGUGCCCAGGGUGACCAUUUUUUUUUCAGUUUGGUUGAUUUUAUGUAGAUUUAUCUACCUGUAUUUCAGCAUAUAAAAGGUGGUCCUCGAUGUUAACAAACAUGAAUACAGAGACACCGUAUACCACUUUCACGGAUGAUUCUUUUUCGAACAUUUCGACGACAUUGCCGCCGUUCUCUCCUGUGCCGGAGUUUUUACACGUGAUACAAAAGAUUAUAUGCGCAUUCUCCUUUAUAGCCAACAUAUUAUUGAUCAUCGUCGUCCUUAACUACCGCAAGCCGCAUACAACAGCCAACCUUUUGAUCGUCAAUGUAGCCAUUGCUCACAUUUUGUUAAUAGUGGUUCGUCUACCUGUCAUCUUUGUUAUGGAAAUAAAUACAAGUACGCUUGGUUGCAAGCUAGUCAAAGGAGGAACAGACUGGUCGCAGGCCGCGUCUGCUGCCACUAUCUGUCUGUUAAGCCUAGAACGACGCCGUGCCACCAAAUCAUUGUCUCGCUCUUCAAAUGUUCCACAACACAAACUGGCCGUUGGAGUCGCAUUUCUAUGGAUCUUCACGCUUGGAGCAACGAUAAGAACAUUCAUAACAUGGGAAGCCCCUUUCGGACUAUGUUUCAAUACUGUGGACGACGAGAUUUACACAUGUAUCUUCCAAGUUUUAUUUUAUAUAUUACCAUUAAUGAUUAUGUCUUUUGCUUACGGAUGUGUUAUCCGUUCCUUGCGAUAUACAUCAAGCGGAAGGUCACUACAACCAAAUGAUGUGCGAAGAAUUUUAGCAACACGACGAAGAGUUUCUAUAACCGUUUUCUUUAUUUCUGUUUCAUUUUGCAUUCUGUGGUUUCCCUAUAGUGUGUAUGUGAAGCUAAUCUGGUAUGUUGGUGGAAUAACUGCAGACGCCAGAUAUGAUAUACACAUUAUCAUACUUUCUGAAACGAUGAUAGAGCUAAACGGAUGUGUAAAUGUAUUGACGCUAUGUAUCCUGAGUCAUAACUUUCGUCAGAGCCUAAUAUCUUAUAUCUGCUGCUGGUUUAAGUGCGAAUCCAGUCGUGGCUGUGGUUGUAGGAAUGUGGCUGCACCCCAAAUACCUGGUGACAUAAAGUCCAAUCAAAUACCGUCGAAUAAUGACAAUCGCACCACAAGAGACACAAACGUAACGUGUGAGCAGUCUUCGCACGUAUAAGCAAUAUUUGACAGACGGUAUAUUUUUGACUUUCUAAGAAAAUGUAAUGUUAGCUUAUAUUCGUAGGCUAUUUUCUCAUAUGAUAAUCUUUGUCGAAGUUAUAUAUAUCAUGUAGGCCUACGUAGCCUAACAUUCCAGUUGUCUUUGUUAUGUAUAUAAAAUAUAAUAGGCUUUACAUCAGUUAUAAAACGUUGUAGGCCGGGCCAUGACUAUUAAGAGGUUCACAAUGGAAGGUGACGAUUAACAUUUAUUUUUUUACAAGUUUGAAAUUAUUCAUUUAGACCUGUAGGGUUCAUUCCAAGUGUUAUAUACUGCUAUCCUCAAAAUAAUGAUGGAUAAAUCGCAAACAACUAAAAUAAACUGUGCUUAUGUAAAUUACCGA